AUGGUCCGCCGCCUCGAGGGCAAAGUGGCCAUCAUAACAGGAGGUGGCAGUGGCUUCGGCGCUGGGAUUGCGGCAAAGUUCACCCAGGAAGGGACCAAGGUCAUUAUCACAGAUCUGUCUCAAGACAACGGCACCAAGAUCGCGCAGUCUUUGGGAUGCGACUUCCUCCGGGCAGAUGUCACCAAGCGGGAAGACUGGGAAGCCGUAUUGGAGCAUGCCAUCGAUACCUUUGGCAGACUUGAUAUAGUCGUCAACAAUGCCGGCGCAACUUACUCCAACAAGCCCACCGAGACAGUCAAGGACGACGAGUUCGACAUGUGCUUCCACGUCAACGUGAGGAGUCUCUAUCUGUCGAGCAGUGUGCUGUUGCCGUAUUUCUUGGAGAACGACCGUCCUGGCUGUUUCAUUCAGAUUGCUUCGACGGCAGGCCUCAGACCGAGGCCCGGGUUGACCUGGUAUAACGCUUCCAAAGCCGCUGUGAGCAACGCCACCAAGACCAUGGCUGUCGAAUACGCCCCUAACAAGAUCCGAUUCAACGCCGUGUGUCCCGUCGUGGGGAGUACGGGAAUGACACACCUGUUCCUGGGGAAGCCGGACACAGAAGAGAACCGAAAGGCUUGGGUGUCGACCAUCCCCAUGGGCAGAGGUAGCACCCCGAAGGAUGUCGCAAACGCCUGCUGUUAUCUGGCGAGUGAGGAAGCAGAAUUCAUCACCGGUGUUAACCUGGAAGUCGAUGGGGGUAGGUGUGUCUGA